UCGAACUGAGUCAUCAAGUGACGUCAGUUUUCCAAAAAGCUCGGAGGCAGCGCACACUCAUCGGAUCCUCGCUCGGGCUGGCAAUCGGAUGAUGGGAUCGAUGAUGUUUGCAACCAAAAUGACGGCGCUGGAUGAGGUGGAAUAGAAUCAAAUCAGUCUGCAAAUAACCAUUGUAUUCUCAUUAUUACAACACUUGAGGACAUCAGUCUUUGUACACGAAAAAUUAACAGGAAUUGAACAAGAUGAAGACAGAGCAAUCAUUGACGCUCCUUUUAGCGGCCUGGUUGAGCGGAUCCAGCGGUGCCUUCGUCAACACCAGAAGCUCUUUUGCAACUCCCAGUACUCGACCGGUUUUAUCUUCCAGAACGACAAUUCAAUCGAGCACUGAGCUGGCACUGUCCCCAGUGGAAGCAUGGAGUGCCUACAAUGAUGCCUUGGAGGCGUCGCCUUUGUUGGUCAAGAGUGUAACUGCCAGCGCCAUUCUGGGAGCUGCUGACUUGGCUGGUCAAGCAUUGGAGGCAAAGCAAAAAUCAGAAGAAGGAACCAAUGACGUCGAAGCCUCCAUUGACUGGGCACGAACUGUACGAUUCGCCUUCUUUGGGUUGGUCCUUCAAGCUCCUUGGAAUCACUUUUACUACAACCUUUUGGACGGUGCGCUGCCUCCCACGGAAGAGCCAUGGACAGCCGUCACUGGCAUCAAAGUGACAAUUGACCAAUUCGUGCAAGCGCCUAUUUUCACUGUCCUCAUCUUUGGAUUCCUGGGAGCCCUUGAGGGAAAAAAUCUUGAGGCCAUCAAGAAACAGCUGGAUGAGGACUACACCGACACCAUGUUGGCCAAUUGGAAGCUCUGGGUGCCUGCCACCGUAGUCAAUAUUGCGUUUGUGCCUCCCAUUCUCCGUGUACUCUACUUGAACUGUGUAUUCUUUUUCUGGUCGAUUUUCCUCUCAAUAAAGCUCAACAAGGGAGACGGGGAAGACCUUACGGCAUGAAGUAAGAGCAAGUAAUGGUGCGCAGGAAGCAAAACAACAAUUUACGCUUGUUUUACUUCAGAGGAUUGCGUUUUCAAGGGUGCAGUGUGUCUCGUGCCUUGCCGAGAAUUGAAAUAAAUGCAGAAAGGAAGAUAUUAUGUUACAGUCACGUUUCUACAGCUGGUCACAACAAAUCAACCACGAUAAUCCCUAGCCAGCUUUGUCACGCAUGCUUACGCGCAUUUCAGUUGUGUCCUCUUCAAUCCGUACCGAAUUUAGCAAAGGAGUUCAGU